GACCUAUUAUAGCACGUGCAUUUUGCGUAAUUAAAAUCGGUUCCGAUUCUUUUUUUACGCAAUCCGUAGACAAGAUAAACAACAAAAUGGCAGACGACCGCGACCGCCUUCGUGUUCGCGGUCGGUUUAUUAGGAAAGACAGAUUUAAAAAAUCCACAAGGAUGGACUCUUUAAAUGAGAGUGGUAAUUUGAUUCAAUGGGGAGACCAUGAAUACGGUUCGAGGGGAGAAAUGCCAUCGGAACCGACAAAAGAACAGACACCGGUAUUAGUUGAAAACAUUGCCUCGAAUGUUACGGUUUCAACUGAUAUCGGACAGAGUAAAAACAUCUCAUGGAAUGAAGGCAGGAGGGUUGUUGAGUUGGAAGUUCUAGCGGAACAACUCUUCUGCAACAGAUGCAACACCCCACUCCAUCUGAAGGAUAUAGUUGGUGAAAUGAGGUACGGCUUAGGUAGUCUUUUGGAGGUGGCAUGUCAGAUAUGCUCUGGUAUGAAACUGGUAUCUACAGGCAAGCGGAAUGAGAAAGGAGCAUUUGAUAUUAACUCAAAAGUCGCUCUUGCAAUGAUGCACUCUGGAAUGGGUCCUGAUCAUGUUGUGAAUUUUCUCAGCACAUGUAACAUACCCCCACCUGAUCCUAAGACACUGAAAAAGAAGGAGAAAUGCAUAGCAUUGUCACUUAUUGAUGAGGCAUCUGAUUCCUGCAUAACUGCUAGUGCAGAAGAAAAAGCUAUUUCUCCAAGUGAUGAAUUAGAAUGCAGUUUUGACGCUGGUUGGCAAACAAGAGGCUCUGGUUGGCAAUAUAACAGUAACACAGGACAUUCCAGUCUAGUUGGUGUAAAGACUGGUAAAGUUCUAGACUAUGAUGUAAGAAGUAAACUAUGCAGUAUAUGCCAGCAUCAUUUGGGAAGAAAGGAAACAGUUCCAAAUCAUCAAUGCAACAGUAAUUGGCAUGGAUCAAGUAAAGCCAUGGAGCCUGACAUGGCUUUAUCAAUGGUUACUAGGAUGGACAACAGAGGGUGCACAGUCGGCAUAAUUCACGCAGACAAUGACUCUACAACAUCAUCCAGGCUAAAGCAAAAGUUUGCAAACAUAAAAAAAAGAGACGAUAAAAACCAUGUCAAGAAAAAUCUGUCGAAACAACUGUAUGCAGCAGCAAAUAAGUACAAAGAGCUGAAGGGGAAAGGAGUCAUUCCAUACAUACUUAGAUGUUAUAUGUAUGCCAUAAGUUCAAACCAGUCAAAGGAGAAUGAUCUUUGUGAAAGAUUAGACAGUAUAGUUCCUCACCUAUUUGGAGACCAUUCAGGCUGUUCUGGGGAUUGGUGCACAUAUUCCAAGCAACCAGAAACUUACAGGUUUAAAUUUAACUAAAUUUAAAGGAUGUUAUACAUAUAAAAGAAAGUCUUUUAAAUGUUUUUAUUAUGAGUGAUAUUAUGUCAGAACAAAAUUUAAGUUUGGGAGCUGUUCUCAUAUUGCUAUUUCAAAUGCUGACAACCAAUUUUGUCAUAAAACUGCAGAAAAAAACAAUAUACAAUAAAACAAGUACAU